GCCAUGAGCUUCUGGGAACUUGUGGAGAAACCGUCCGUGCACGAAAUGGCUAAAACGCAAGAGAAAGGCAGGCUGAUUUCCCUCUGAUUUUUAUACUUAAUUCUUUCUAGAUGGAUUACGAGGUUUUUGAACGAAACAUUAGUUCAAUAGGGUAACAUAUAUGGGGUUAUUUAGUUGUUUUGUUAUCUGCGAUGUUGAAGCUUCCAGUUGCUUCUCAAAUCAGCUGUUCAUUGCGAGAAAAGCUAUCAACAUCUUUUCAGUUGUUUAUCGUUGUUGAAAGAGUAAUUUCAGAAAUUUUUUUGUCGCAAAAUCGGUAAUUUGUGAGUCGUCUUUGGUAAAGAGAUGAAACAACCUUGUUGCAUCGCGAGUGUUAUUAUUUUUGGGGUGCUUCUUAUUACUUAAUUCAGCUACCAUCUUCCUUAAACAACCUCUUUUACCACUGCAUCCUGCUAAAGUGGCAAAGCUUUUGCACAAGGAUACUUUUUCUUUUUUUUUUACUGCAGUGCUCUUCUUAAGUUAAAUAUUACCCUGCUGUAAUACAUUGAUACUCAUCUUGCAAGAAAUACGUUAAGACUGGUAACUUACUUUUGAGUGCAUGCGAUGGUUUUAGUUGCAAAUCAAGAAGAGCAGAAGUGAGAUUGGAAGAGAAAUAGAGAGAUGAACCGCUGGUGGAAAUGCUGACUCGCUCAGUCAGUGGCGCAGGAAUUCCCUGUCAACACAAAUUAUUUUCAUGAUACAGAAUAUGCGGCCAUUGUUACCUCAAAGCAGCUUCAUUAUCUUACCUGACACUCCUGGGAGCAGGGAUUUCUACAUCAACACAGGCUAAAGUGCAUGAAUUAGAGCAAUAUAUCAUUAAAUUUAUGUACUCAAAAGUAACAGCACCCUUCUUAUGACAAAUAGAAGAUUAAUCUGAAAAUAGAAAACAAAACUCUUGUAAUGUCUAAGUUACACUGUACUUUAGAUGAAUGAAGCAAUGAUUGAGAUGUUAUCAUUUGCAUGCAAUUUUGUCUUUCUUCCUAUUCAGGAGUUGGUGGAGGAAUUAACAAUGCCUGUACAAUGCACUGUAAUGUUGAUGGGGCUCUGAACUCAUUGAGCACUUCAAAAGAUGGAUCACAAGUAGUUGUGGCUGGUCGAAAUGGUAAAUGAUAAUUUAACUUCUAGUUUUCUACUCUAUACCUAAAACAGAUGUGAUGUUAGAGAAAGGAAACAAAAUUUGAAAUACUAUGAUACCAUUACAUAGCAGAAUGGUUAAUGUUCUGUAUUUAUUUGAAUAAGCAUCCACAGCAAAUAAAUGCCCACUACCUCCUUGUUGGAAGGAAAUUGAAAAUUGUCAUCUUUAGACUGCUAGCACAAAUAUUAUGCAGGAACAUCAUGCAAUUCAUUUGUUAGUUAACAACCUGUUUUGAAUUAAGCAGUCAAACUGUUUAACAAUAACAAUUUAAUGAUCACCAUGCCAUUCCUCACGGGUGACUGUUUAACAAAGGUUUUGCUUUGAUUCAGUGUUUAAGGUCAUUGGCAUUGAAGAGUCUGGAUUUGUUGAAAAAACUAAUUUACGCUGUGGAAGGAUUAACUUGAACUUCAGCAUAACAGAUGUACAAUGGCAUCCAGUUGAUGGUAAAUUGUAGCAAAGUUGACAAGUUCAUAAUUACUCAAAUCUCUAAGAGGAAUCACAAAAAGGGUCCUCCUUGAAGAAAAAUUUUAUGUUCAAAUAGUUAUUUAUCUAUUGAUGAAAAUUUAGGUUAAAAAUUAGAGUCAGUUUAAAGGAUGGAGGAAACUUGUAGCUUAACUCUUUUACUCUCAAUAUUUGAUUGUAAAUUCUCCCUUAUAGCUGCUUCACAUCUCCUUGUAAAUUAGUUAUGAGAACUUGGUGCUAGAUCAAGAUAGCAGCUUCUACCUGAUAAGUUCAAAUAUUCUCAUUACCUGUUUGCUAAAUAAUAUAUGGAUAUUUUAGGGAGAAGUUUCAUGUUAAUCACUUUUGGGAGUUGAAGGGUCAAAUGUUAAGGUUUAUUGAGGCUUGUUAUGUAUUUAUGGUUUCCUCUCUACUCCUAUUUAAUGGAGAACUGUAAAGCAUAGUUUUAUUUUUUCUUCAUUUGGGUAAGGUUGUGCUGCAUGGGAAAAUUUAUCUGUCAAUUCAGAGCUUUCUGAUUUAGUUUUGGUUUUAAAAACAGGUAUCUGUAGGUAUACAUUGUUCCUCAGAUUUGGUUAACAUUUCAGGAGAAAAAUAAUUACUAAUUGCAUUUUUGAUCUUGAUAAGUGUUUGCUGACUCCUCCCCCCUCUUUGAUAAGUGGAAGUGCUUAUCCAAAAGUUAAUAAGCCUUCCAGUGGUUUAUUACAGCAUUUAUGGUUGAUAUUAAGGGAGCUGGAAGUUCAAAGUGAAGAUUUGCUUUUUAAUAAUUCAAUUAAAAAUUAAACCAUUUCAAAUUGAGGGACAGGGACGUUAAAUUUUGUUUGCAGAUCACAUUCUGGCUACUGCGGCUACUAAUGGAGCUGUUGUUCUUUGGAAUUUGAACAAAAUCACAAGACAGAAACAGGGUGAUUUCUAUUUUUAGCAUUGAAAAAUGUUUUUUAAUGGUAUAAUGUUUCAAUUAAGAAUCAUUAUCCAUAAUUUUUGUUAAUAAAAUGCAUUAUGCAUUCACUUUAACCAGUGAACUUUUACCAGUUAUUUAGUUAAUGUAGAUCAGUUAAUGUUUAACAUGUUUGAGCUUUUCACAUGAGAAGUUAGCAGAGCUUGAAAGAUGUGUAAGAGUUGCUUGAAGUAUAACCAAAAUACUACAGCCUCCAAACUUCCCAGUAAACCCUUCUUAUCAGCAUCAUUGCCCUUACUAACUUACAAAUCAAUUUCUUUUGCUGUGUUUUCAAUUUUGUUGUUAACUCUUUCUUGGCUCUAAGUUUCAAAGUUUCAAUGCAUACACCCAGGUCAUCAAUAUGCAUAAUGGGAAUAUGAAGCACACAGGCCAACUGAGUAUUAAUUACAUUGAUGUAUUCGCAAUUUUUUUAAUUGAUAUUUUUACCCUGUUGACAGAGUUGGUAUUCACUGAUCAUAAGAGAACUGUUAAUAAGAUUCAGUUCCAUCCUUUUGAAAAAGAUAUUUUGUUGAGUGGAUCUCAAGAUGGAACAAUGAAAUAUUUUGUAAGUCACUUCAUGUUUACUAAAAUUGGAAAUGUUAAGGUCAGUUAUUUAUAAUAAUUCUUAAUUUAGCUUAGUGAUAUAUGUUGUUUUGAAGAAUUGUUGUAUAUAAUACCUUUUUUUACUUUUCAAGUUUUAAUUUUAUAUGAUGGAUCUUUGGAUGAUCUUUUUAUAAUGCGGUUUUGUCAGAUCUCCAUUUGUCCUUGGGAAAGCAAGCAAGAGUACAACAUGACACUUUCCUGUAAGCAGAUUUCCAUCCAAUUUUCUUUGGUGUCGGCUUAUGGAGAUAAUUCUCAUCAGCUGACAGCUCUAAAUAUGGGCACUUUUACCAAUUACUGUGGGUGUCCGCUUAUGAGAGAGUUGACUGUAUUAAGUUGAUCAUUCAAUAUUUAAAGUGGAUACAAAUUAUGCAAGUAUUCAGUUAUUAACUCUGCACAUGACUUCAUUGCUGUACUUUUUUAUCUAUUUUUCUUAUUUAAGGAUUUACGAAAACAAAGUGUUGCAUCAACCUUCUAUGGAAAAGCAGAAAGCAUACGUGAUGUUCAGGUCUCUAGUCUUUUGUUUUAAUCUUCAAUUUUGUAUCCUAAGCACAACUCUUAAUGGUUAAUCAUCAGAUUUUUAAUAACAGUCUUCUUACCAGCUUUGUCUUUUUAAAUGUAGGAAUAUUGUUAAAGGAAAUUCAUUGGCUAUUUUCUUUUUUAACUAAGAAUGAAAUUUUGUACAGGUUAUACUACUGCAUGGAAUUUAUGCAAACUAGGAUGUUGUUGUGCUAUAAUUCAAAAUUGUAAAGUGAACUGUAAAAUGUAAUACAAUGUAGGUGUACCUAAAACCAUCUACCUAACCCUACUGGUGUAUGGAUUUUUGAGAUAAAACCACAGUCUGAAGUCUUCCCUGGCAAGAGUAAGGAGAGGUGGAGUCCUCAUUUGUAAGACUGCUGGAAUGAAUUUACUCAGUCUGACUUGUUGUGUCUUAUACAAUGUAUCUCUAGUUUAGCCCAUUUGAUGGUCAGAAGUUUGCAGCUGCAUGUGAGAAUGGACAUGUUCAGGUAAAUUUGCAUCAUUGUUAACUCUUUAACUCCCAGUUCAAAUUUGUAAUUCUCCUUACUGUCAACCAUACAAUUCUUAUGAUGUUGGUUCAGAGAAUUUAAUAUUGGAUCAACUAAUUAUCCCCAAAUUGAUAUUUUUCUUUAUUCUCAUCACUUAUCUGGUUGAUAUCGUAUAGAUAUUGUAAGGAGAAAUUCUGUCUUGGUCAGUUAUGGUAGUUUAGGGGUUAAUAUUGCUACUCAUUGAAUUUAAACUUACCUCCUUUUAUUUGGAAUAUUAGUCAAUGCUCCAAGCUCAGUUUUUCCUGAGAAAUCAGAUAAUCCUCUGACAGAUAAUUUCUUUGAGAAAUUGUUUCAAAAGUUUUGUGUUAGUGAUCAAUAAUCUGCUUGUUUUAGAAGCUAGUUUUUAUAAUGAGGACUUUUUACUAUUUUGUACAAUGAGGAGUUUUUGUAUUUAUGUUAAAGUUGUGGGAUACCCGAAUGCCAAACUCUCCUUUUCAUCAAUACAUGGGACACAAUGGGCCAACAUUUGCCAUUGACUGGCAUCCUGAAGAGAAGACCUGGGUGGCUUCUGCUGGCAGAGACAAAAUGGUUAAGGUAAUGAGUACACCAAAUCUUCCAGCUAAGUUUAUGUCCCUCUUUUUAGUUUGGUCUUAGUUACUCCCUCUAUUUGGGGACAGAAAGCGGGAUUUUUUCAAACAGAGGCUGUGAACAAAGCCAUGCUAGAUCUUUAUUUGGUGCAUUGGAAUAAAAUCUCAGGUAAUAAAAGAUAUGCUUUUUAUUCACUCUGGUAGCAUACUCUGAUUGACUAGUGUUUUGUCAGUUGCUUAUCAGUUGUGACCAGAAUAUGCAUACAAAUACAGAUAUUGCUCCCUCAAAAGUCCACUUUACAGUCAUCAGUUUAUUGAAAAGUUUGUUUGUGAGUGAAGCCCAAUUAUGAGUUAAUCUUUUCCAUUAAAUAUCCUUGGUGUAUUAUUUUUUUUUUAGGUAUGGGAAGUCUGUGUUAAGGAGCACCUUUUGAAUGCCAUUCAAACCAUAGCUUCUGUGGCACGCAUCAAGUGGAGACCACAGAGAAAAUAUCAGAUUGCAAGGUAACUUUAUGGCUCUUAGUCAAUUAUGUUGUACAGAAUACACCGAAGUGUAAAAGCAAUGCAAAGCUGGAGGUUUCAAGUAAGCUUUACUGAAGGGACCUUUUCUUUCAAUAUUCAUUUUGUUGUAUAAGGUGAUUGUUCGUGUAACUUUUAAGCCUAUGGAUAACAUGUGUUUUAACAUCAAUGUGAAAUCCACUUAGCCUUAUUUCACAUGCUUCUGCUUAAAUACAUGUAAUGCUGCACAAGAUAGGGAUGUAGCUAGUAGAAGUCAGUGGAUAAAGCCCCUAGGUGGUGUUCAUUUUAUUCUUUUCAUUGUUUUAUUAUUUUGUACAUCUAAUUGCUUCUGUUCAGUUGCUCUCUUCUGGUGGAUUUUGAUAUCCAUGUUUGGGACAUCAGAAGACCUUAUAUACCAUAUGCAUCUUUUGGUGAACACAAGGAUGCUGUAACAGGUAAUAUGCAUUGGUGAAAGGUAAUACCCAAUGGCAUCUGAAAAUAUAAUCAGGACCUUUAGGGAAAAUCUUGAAACAUGAAGGGUAAAAAUUUCUCACUUUGGGUUGACUAAUGGUGGAAAGGUAUAUUGUGUAGUUUGAUUUUUUCCUGGAUUACAAUUUUUCAAGCUGAUUUGAUCUUUAUUUUGUCUUGUGUUCUUUAUCAUAAUCUGAAAUAAAGGAAAAUAGAAAUUACACUGGUUUGAAAAAAUGAAAAAGUUAGAGAAGCAGUUUCUUGAACAAAAUGAGAAUUUAGCGGCCUGUUGUGGAUUAAUGAAAAUGUUCUGAGUUUCUUACAAGAAUUUAAAAGAAUUCUGACCCUUCACCUCUUAGGGAUCUCUCAGAGGACUCUUUUGUCCUGUUCUGUAAUAGUGAUUGGCAUAUAAUUUCUCCUUACAUUGCUACUGUGGAAUCAGACAUUGAGGUUAUGAGAAUAAAGGAAUGAUUGUUGUUCUCAAUAGGAGAACAAAUGACAGCACCUUAGAAUAUGUAUAGAGAACAGUAUGGAGAAUAUUGAUACUGAUGUUAGGGUGUAACGGAUUAAGUCAAAUUUGAACUACAUGCACAAUAUAUUUGAUGUGCAUUUAACUGAUAUGCUACAGGCAUCAGUAAUGCCAAAAGCAAAAUCUCUCACGAUUUGUUUAUAAAAUUAAUUUUUGUACAGGUAUACUUUGGCGGCAGACACUCCGUAACAAAGACCCGUUUGUAUUCUUGUCAUGCGCGAAAGACUCCAUGUUAUAUCAACACGUGUUUAGUGACGCUCAACACCCAGCUGAACAUGCCCCUCGAGUGGGACUGUCAAUCAAUGUCAAUGGUGACAUAAGUGUAGCAUCAAGUGAUCAGUUAUUUAGGAGAAUUCCUGCGCAGAGUAUGACACAGACCAGACCGUAAGUGAAGUGAAACCUUGGGGACUUGGUGAACUCUUGUAGGCUCGUUUGCAGUCAUGACUUAAACUGUUGUAUGGAGUAACCGAAACUUUUCCUAAAAAUAUUUUUCAAUCUUUUAUUUUCUUGGUGGGGUGUGGAGGGUGGGUAUCGCUUUGAUUCGACGGAGACGCAAUGGUCUGAUUGUUAGCGCAGGACGUCCGGUCAGAUCAUUGUGUUGUGUUGUCAUCGCGCCUCCAUCCAACCAGGUUAAGGAGGGGAACAAAAGGUAGAUUUUACAAAAACGGAAUAUGCUGUGGAAGCUAUGGAAAGGAGUCUCGUAUGUAGACUUUAAGAGGUAUAAUGGGUAUAUAACGAUAUAGAUUCUUAACUCUUUAACUCUUAGAAGUGAUGAAUAUGUAACUUCUCCCAAUAAUAUGCAUACAUUAUCCAGCAAACAGGUAAUGAGAAUACUCAAAUUUAUCUGGUAGAAGCUGUUACCUCGAUCUUAAACCAGAUUCUCGUGACUAAUUUACAAGGAAAUGUGUAGCAGCUACAGGGGAGAAUUAACGAUCAGAUCUUAGGAGUAAAAGGAUUAAGGAUGUUACAUGAACACACGUGGGACAAUACAAACGGUUAAUGUAAUUGUUUCUUAAGCAUAUCAAGGUCUCUCUGGGAGUGAUUUAGUUUAUUUCUGGUAUAUUUAUCUGUUCGCCUGUCAGUAUGUUGAUGUUGUUAUGAAAAUUUGAAACUUGUUUGGUAAUAAUGAAGUUAUUUCAUUUGGUCACGGAUAGGCGUGGUGGAAAUAUCAACAUUAUUGCGUCUCAUCGAAAGUUCCAAGACAUGGCUGACAAUGUUUCCGAAGUCAGGAGCACACUUUUGGUCCACCAAAGUAGCAAAUCUACCGUACGUAUCUUUUUUCCUUGAUAAGUUUUAUUAGAGUUUAGAGGGGAGUUCUACUGAAUACUGUUGCUUCUUCUCUGUGUUCGUUGACGUAUUAUUCAGGGUGAAAUUAUCAUCAUACAGCACUGAAGAGGAACAAUUUUCUCAAAGAUCGCUUAUUUUCUUGAUAGAAAACAGUGUGAUUUUAAUGCCGAAACACAUAUUACUUUCAUACCCCUUAGUGAGUGUCUUCAUAUAAACUUCUACUCCUUCCCCUUUGUUAAAACGGAGGAAAAAAGGUAAAAGUAAAUGAAAACAAAAACUUUUAAUCUUACUGGGAGAUAAAUUUUCUUUGAUACGAUUUCAGAAAGAGGACUGGUUUCGCAUUCUGGCCCAAAGCUAUCAGCUGAGUGGAUGGAGUUAUUCAGAGCUUUGUGAACAUAACUACACUGUAAGUUAAAAUAACAGUGCAUUUUGUGUCAAGAAAAAAAAGCACCACCAAUGAGAUCAAUGUCAGUGUCUGAGCUUCUGCACACCUACCCCUCCCUUAACCCAACAUCAACCCUUACUUGUUAUCAGUUGAACGUUGUUAGGUUAGGGGAGGGUAGGUGCGCAGUUGCUCAUAUACUAACAAUGAUCCAACGAAUGCUUAAGACAAAGAUUAGCACAAUUUGAUGAAGAUUUUGUUCAAUUUGAAAAGAUUAUGCGAAGUCGAACUUGCUCCAUGGUAAGUUUAAUAUUUCGAGAAAGAGAGGAUUCAUUUAGGGAUGGAACUUGUUGUUUUGAUUGGUGAAUGGCACGUUCCAAGUUGUUUUGUAACAAAUGUCAAAUGCUGGAGCUUGAAAGGACAGCUGCUAGUAAAACUGUUGAUCACGGUGUUUGUCAGUGCGUUAAUAGAUGCACUAACGCUACGCUUGCUCGCCAUGCUGUUAGGUACAGAAUUUUUUACUCUCUUUUGAUUCAUAGGUUGCAAGUAAACUUAUGAUGCACGAACAUGCGCAGACAUGGUCUGUCUUGAAAACGCUGUAUGGCAUGACCGGGGGAUCUGGAACUUCAUCUGCAGCACUAGGAUCCAACCCCAAGAGUCCUCUUGCAGCCGGAAGUCAUGGCAGUGGUGGAGGUCAGAGCACGACGGGAAAUCCUGAACCUCUAAGUGGUAAAACACUUUGUUGACCAUAUAUGGACAGCAUUUUCAAAUGGGAACUGUUAAACCAAAACCAAACCAACAACCAAUCACAGUGAAGGAAAAAAAUAUCAAACGGAGCCAAUGAGAAAUCAAAGUGAAAACAAGUUGACUGCUCGAAGCGGAAGAAAGCGCCACUGAUUAAGUCCGCCAUUUGUUUAAUUUUUCGUUUGAUUUGUUGAUUUGUUGUUAGUAGCUAUAGACAGUCCUUUCGAUUGAUUUUCGUUAAACUAGAACUAAGUUUAAGUCCCUUCAGCAAAUCAAACCAAAGCUAGAUAUUACUGAGAGCCAAAAGGAAUGGAGAGUUGAGCGCAGGGAAGGCGUUUGUAUCUAUUGCUUGUACUUCUGAUAGGUUGAGAGAGUGAUGAUAAUCUUCUAAACCAAUUACUGUGUGAGGCUCACGUUUUCUCGCCUGUCUGAUGGUUUGGUUCCAGUUGACUUUGAUUUACUGAGCAGUUUUCAAUUGAUUGUCGAAAAACCAAAACAAAGUAAUCACGAAGGCCAAUCAUAACAAAGAGUUACAUCAUCAUCAGCCAGUGGGCACUCAGAAAAAAAAACCAGACAAACCAUCAAAAACUCAGGCGACCAAGUCACCGUUGCUUUUUGUUGUGCAUCUGAUUGGUUGAGAGGGUGGCGCGAGUUUAGUAGAGCAAACCACGAACCGAAUAAUGCAAAAGCAAAGCAAUCUCGGAUUACUUUCGACACUCAAUUGAAAAUUGUCGUAAUAGGCUUUGUGCGAUGUAUUCCUUGAGGUCAGUCGUAAUGAGUGCUUCGGUCUUCUAAUGCAAUGUUAGAGUUAUUUUUAUCCAUUGUGAUGUUAGUAAUACAAAGAAAUCUUGAAAAAAAUGAACUGUUUAUUUUCCCCAUUGCAGUUGGAGUUAGUACACAGAGUAAUAUUCAGACUUCCUCAGCCAAUCACAAAUCGUCAGCUGAGCCAGCAGUGACGCAAAACGUUGUACCAGCGUCUGAAACACAAGGUAGGUAAUCCAUCAUGUUACAUCUGCAUACAAUGUCAACUCUUGGAUAUCAAUCUUCGUUUCACUUGUUACAUUUAAAUCCUUUGAUUAGUUUGUUUGCAAUUUUUCUAGACGAUAAUAAAGACUUAUCGUCGACAAGCAGCGAAAAUGAAAACGCGAAGUUGAUGAAUUUUGAAGGCCAAGGUGCGAUUACUCUUCCUUUGUUAUUCUUGUGAUUUGACGUUAUCCUUUCACUCUGUCCAUUUAAUGUCCGUGCUAGGGAGGUUCGACUGUAAUUUCAGCUCAACAAGAGUGGCAAAGAAUUAGAUUUUUCGAUAGAUAGGUAAAGCUUGCUUCAAAUUCUAACAGAAGGCAACAAAAUCUUCUUAGAAUUUACAUUCAACGAUUUUGAUCACGAUGAACUUCAGUUCCACUACGAUGGCCCAAUCACUCUCGCAGAUGCUCCACAGGAAUGGAAGCUAGCCAGCGUGAGUGACACUUGUGUACAGAAAUCUUUCUAUGUUAAGUUAUUUAACGUAUAAAAUUUGUCACACAUUUGGUAGGCUCUGAACUGUAAUUGGAGUCCACUGGAUGACAGAUUGAAGACGCCAUCAUUGAGACUUUGUUUUUGUCUUUCUUGCAUUAUGAUUAAAGAUUGAGUCUUGGUUUUCAGCACACCCACCCCCGUAACAAUUCCUCGCGACUCACCCCCGUGACCAUUCCCUGCAACCCACCCUUGUGACAAUUUCUCGCAGCUUAGCCCCUUCCCCCAAAUUAAAUUUAAAGAGACUUAAGACAUGGUGUAAAUAUUCUUAUUUUUAGGAAGCUUUUGAACCUAGAGCAGCGCUGGACGAUAGGUAAAAUAAUAAAACAGCCCUGGUGGUAUAAUAGAGAAUUUUAAUAAUGUAGAUAUGAUGUUCUUUUGCCUCUGUUCCCCUUCCAAUGUUGUUAAUUGCCAAUGUGUCUAUGCCAUCUUUCAUACCAACAUUGAGAGGGGCAGUGGAGGCAGUAAUUGUCCAAACAAAUUUGUCUGGGAGUGUGGGUCAGAACCUUGACAUGCCAUUAAAGGUCAUGUCCUGAUGUUUGUAUUUGGUCUGCAAGGCUUUAUUUACCUCUUUUCGUAAGGUGUUUUUGAUGGUGAUUUUUUUAUAGACCCACUUUUCCAACCAUGGAUCAAGAAACAGAUAGACCCGACUCACCCACCAGGUUUGAUUAACUUUUUAAUCCUCACAACCAUCAAUACAGAAGUCAAGUUUGAUACCAUUUCUUAGAAUUAAAUUUUUUUUUUGGCGGAAAUCAUUUUCUUAUUCUUGUUACCAGUCUUCAUAUCUUCACGCAGCCGAAGAAAGUAGAGUGUUUUCAUGGUGAAUGGGGACAAAAUGGAGAGCCACUUUGACGCUAAUUUGGUUGAAACCACCAUCUCCUGGCCUUAGACGGGAGAUUCUCGUUUUCAUUUUAUUUAGAAGUCAUUCUUGGUUAGAAUCAUAACAAUUUGUAUCAAUCAGAUGUGCUUUUGUUCUUCUAUAUUGUUUCUUUUGCUUUUAGCAAUAUAGAGUCUGAAGCAACCUCGGCCACUAAUCCAAAGUCCUUGAUUGAUUCAAGUCUCGAAAAUCAAGGAUCUGUUUCCCCCUCAAACAAAACGUUGGUAAGAUGAGUACUUGAUCUGAUAUUCAUCCUUAACACCAUAACACCUGCCUUUAUAUUCUCCAUGCUGUUCUCUUGACAUUUCCUAUGGUUCUGACAAGGAGAAUUUGUUUGACAAUCUGGAGUUUCCUAAAUUGGUGAGCAUUUCAUUGAUUCUUAUGACCUUUAUUUUGGAUUCAAGGGGGGUACUGUCAGGAGAAAUUAGGCGCCAGUCAUUCUUAGGGUUUAAAGGUUUAAGUCACGAAAACGUUCAAAAUGGCGGCGUCUAAACAAUCCCGCGCAUUUCUACGCAUCUAACUAUGUGUCCAGUCUUUUGAGCAGUUGUUUUUGCUCUUUAUACAGUAAUUAUUCUCCAAAUUAAUUUUAUUUUUUCUCUCAUUUACCAGUCUCUUCCCGAGUGGGAUUUUACACCACUAGUUGUGGAAAUGCUUCAUCACUUUGCAGAUGAGGUGGGCACUUUUUCUGAAAACCACUGUGCCCUGGAUUUGUCCAGAGUCGCACUUUGUAUCAUAUUUCUUUGUUAUGUGAUUUAGUAUGUUCAGUAAGAACAAUGCAAUAUCGCUGUGUUUAGUAAAAACAAGGUUUCUCAAUGUUACACGAAAACCACGUCGUGAAUGAAUUUCACUUAGAUUGUCAAUGAAACCCACUCUGGCCCUUAUCAUUUACCUCAAAUUAUUUUCCAACCAAUAAUUUCAGAAAACGGCGUUAGUGUUUGGCAUCAAGUUAUAAUGUAACACUAUUUAUCAUAUUAUUAUUUAUAAUAUAAUUAAUAGUGUAAUAAAUUAUUACGUCUCAAUUAGUUCGUGCGAUAUGAUUGGUUAAUUUAGUGGGCCGUAUUUCACUGUACGGCCCUCUAAAUUGAAAGUUUGUUUGAACUGGAAGUUUGUUUGAAUUAAAUCUUACCCACUCUAUCUCAACCUCGUUAUCUCGGUCUGCAAUGUAAGUUACGGAACAUCAUUCUUUUACUGCUGGUAUUUAUGACCCGCGCGCAUGGCGUUUUGGCUAGAAAUCCUUAAUUUACAGUACAGACCUCGAACUCGGUUAAUAAGGGGUAGGUCUGGCUUAUUCCCAAUCUUGUAUUGUUAAGAUAAUCACCUAUCUGUUCUCAUCCUUGUGUUAGGGAGAUGUGCAAAUGUGCGUUUCUGCGUUGAUUGUCCUCGGAGAGAAAAUUCGUAAUAAUAUUGACGAACAAACUCAAGAACAGUGGCUUUUGGCUUAUAUUGGUGAGUACUGUGAUCUCAAUAUCGUAAAAAUGGUUGCAGCCAUUGAUUCAGGUGAAUAACUCUCACGAUGAAGCCGGUUGCUUCCGUUGUGGAUCGCGAUCCAUAAGUCUGGUGACUGCAUGGUGAGGCGAACAAUAAAACAAUUGUGACCUUCUUUCAAUUGUGAAAGAAGGUAAGUAGAAAGAAGUAAACCUCUAAAGAAAUUAAGAAAGAAGAUGCCUUAGUGUCCCUACCCCUGAAGACUCGAGCCACAGACAUACCAUGGUGAUUCGACGAAUGAUCAUAUAUUUUAUGAUAUUAAAGCUUGUUUUAUUCUUUAAUUGGAUGAUCUUUCUUGGGCAGAUUUACUUGGCCGUCUGCAGCUGUGGUCGGUGGCAAAUCAAAUUAUUAAGCUGUCCAGUCUGCCUGCAGUCAGCACAUUAAACCAGGUAAAACUGAAUUUGACAACUAAUGGAUCAUACCUUAGAUGUGUGAAGUGUAACAUUUAUAGCACAAUUUUUCAAUCAGAAGAGUGUAAGCUCCAUUUCCUCUGAGAAACAUAUCUUAGAUAUGAUUCACCCUUUUCCAGUUCACUAAGGUAGUAGAGGUGGCCGGCUGGUGCUUAGUGCACUGGACUCCUGAUCGAGAGGUCUGGUUUCGAGCACUGGCUAGGUCUCUGUGUUGUGUUUUUGGUUAAGUUGCGUCAUUCCCGCCGUGCCUUUCUCCACGUAAAAGAAUGAAUGUGCGACACAGAAGCGCCACAGAUCUUUUGGCACGAGUUUAGUGAUUAUUCGUACUCUUAUUUUGUCGUCAGGAAUCAACAACAGUGUAUACGUCUUGUGGGCGUUGUUCCAAACCGUUGACCAAGUCAGGCUGGUAUUGUGAAAGAUGUCGAAGUCUUGUGUUCCCGUGCUCAGUGUGGUAUGAAUUAUUUUCUUAUUAAGAGGAUGGUAUGUCAAAUUAUGGUCUGUAAGGCGUUAAGGAGCCCAUGCAAAACAUGGCUUUGAUUUUUUUCUUUUAGUCUUUAAAAUCUCGCUUUAAAAAUGAAUUUAAUAGAACGAGGUUUAUUAACAGCAAUUGUUGGAGUCAGAACCAACUUUAACAAUAUAACAAACUUAAAAUCGUCAAUUGAAUGAUUACUCACUGAAGUUCCAUACACAAUCUCAAAAGUUGGAGCAUCCUUGUAACUAAACAGCUUUAAAAAAAAAAAAAAAACUCGGCAAUAGUCUGUACCACGUGAAAGUUACUGCUAUUACGAACGAAGGUUUUGUCGACGCAUAGUUCAAAGAUUUCCUGACUAUAUUUUAACUCAUUGCAGUCAUCUGAUGGUGAAAGGUCUUAACGUGUGGUGCCAAGGCUGUGGCCAUGGCGGCCAUCUUACUCACAUGCAGGAGUGGUUUGAAAAAUAUAUCUGGUGUCCUGCGGGCUGUGGGCACAUGUGCGAGUACACGUGACCAAAACAGAGAAGAAACAUUACGACUAGAAGAAACGCGCGAGAGGAAAGGUGGAACACAUAUCAGAGCCUUUUUCGGAACCCAUAAUGUUUAAAGUAACUUGAAGGAUCGAGUGAAAUGAUUUCAGAUUUGUAUUCACUCUCACAGAAGACAUCACCCAGGUCGCGAGCGUUCUGUGGUAGUUCGGUAGUCAUUCUUCAGAAACGAAUGACUCGAGUUGUUGGUGCUCAACACUGGAUGACGUUAAUAGGACAACUCAUCGACCCGUUUUGAAUGGGAAAACCUUUGGAGAUUAUAUUCAAUCGAUAAAGUCGGCUUGUAUCUACCUUGACUUGGGAUAGGGUCACAUUUAUGAAACACAUACGUGAAAGAAAUUAUUACCACAAACUGUUAAAUAAAAUCACUGUCGAUUCAGCAUUUGAUUUAUUCCUGAC